AUGGCGCGAAUACAUAUUCUUGCGCUUCUAUUUGCAGCACUUAUAUGUCUAGCUGCUGCAUCCUGUGAGUGCCGCGGCUACCCCUGCUCUCUCCAAAAGGCCAUUUCUAAUGCCCCAAGCGCAGCUCCGCCGACCUUUUGCAAAUGCACAUGCUUCAAGAAUAGCACCAUCAUUCCUCUAGGGCCCGAACACCAGUCAAAACGGUCAUUGCCGUUCUUCGAUACGAUAGAGACGCCCGCGACCGAAGCCCCGGCCGUAGCGCCGCGAUCAGCCUCGACAUCAUGCUCCGAGUGUACCAAGGCGUUCUGCCUGAAGCAGGGCAUUCCAUUUUGCAAGGAUGCGACCGAGGACGACGUCUUCACCAUGUGUUUUCAGCGCGACAGCAACAAGGACAAGAUUAUAGUCUGGGGUUUCAUCCUUGGGACUGUCGGGCUACUUGGUUGGGCUGCGUUUAAGCGCUUCUCCGAGUGGCGCGUGAGUCGCAGAUUUGGUCGUCAAGACAUAGCGUACGCCCCUGUUGCUCCAGGCCAGUGA